AUGAUUCUCGUCGCUCCUUGGUUCAGCAACCUCGUCCACGGCCAGCUGGACUACUACUGCUUCUUCUUCUUCUUCUUCUUCUUCUUCUUCUUCUCCUUCUCCUUCUUCUUCUUUUCCUCUACCUCCUCUACUACUGCUACUACUACUGCUUCUGCUUCUGCUUCUACUUCUGCUUCUACUUCUCUUCUACUCGUCCAAUGUGUGCUAUCACCUCCCACGGCUCUGGUUGCGCAUCCUGAAGCUGCACUCAGCCCCUCUCCUUUCCUCCCUUCAUCCCCUUUCAUCCCCUCUCCCUCUCCCUCUCCCUCUCCCUCUCCCUCUCCCUCUCUCAAAAACAAACACAAAAACACCCCUCCAAUGCCUCCCGUCAGGCUCAAGGCGUUGACUCCUGUCAUCGCCAUCGCCCUCAUCACCCUCUUCUUCUGGGCGGUCGACCGCUACGAUCGCGCUGCCCUCACUCGCUUCACCCAUCCCCUCGACAGACUCUCCCCCUCGUCGCUGAGGGGCCAGGGCCACGGCCACGGCAACGGCCACGGCAACGGCAACGGCAGCGGCAGCGGCAGCGGCAGCGGCAAGGGCAAGGGAAAGGGCAAGAACAGGAACAGCGACAAUACCGGCCCUGUCCAGCUGAACUUCCAGAACCUCCGGAAACUGAACACCCCUCACCAGCUCUGUGCUUCCGCUCGUCACCCCCAUCCUCCCCAUUCCCCGCCUCCCUCCCUGACCUUCUCAGAGUGGCUCAUCGGGAAGAACUACACUCGCGCCUACUUCCGCCCCCGCCAUGUUUCCCCGGACACCACAUUCAGCUCCAUGGAGACUAUCGACCACCCAGUCCUGCAGCCAUUCCGCCCCUUGGGCCGUGGAAUGAGGGUCCAGCUCUCACCCCCCAGAGACCCCCGCGAUCCCAAGUCCGAUUCCGAUUCCGAUUCCGAUUCCGAUUCCGAUCCCGAUCCCUGGCCCUGCCCCCACGUCGUCGAUGUGGACGUCGCCGCUGACCACGCCGUCGACGAGACGUCCAACCUCCUCUUCGGCCUCGCAACCACGGUCGACCGCCUGCGCCGUCUCCUGCCCGCCCUCCUCUACUCCUACGGCACAUCCAAGGCCAGCCUGCUCGUACUCGUGCCCAGCGACACCAAGGAUAUCGAGGAGCACGAGGCCUUUUUCAGAAAUGCUGGCUUGGAUAUCACCUUGCAGAAAUCUCCGCUGCCUUUCACCGCGCGGUACUUCGGCCUCGUCGAGGGCUUCACCGAUUUCAUCAGGACCAGGCGCCCCAAUACCACCUGGGUCAGCUUCGUGGACGACGACACCUUCUUCCUCUCCCUUGCCUCCGUCGCCAAGCAGCUCUCCUCCUUCAACGCCUCCGAGCGAGUGUACAUCGGCGCCCUCUCCGAGGCCAGCUGGCAGGUCGACACCUUUGGCAAGAUCGGCUUUGGCGGCGCCGGUGUCUUCGUCUCCGUCCCCCUCCUCGAAAGGCUGCACGGCGCCUAUGACACCUGCCAGUCCUGGGGCGAGCAGCCGGGUGACCAAAAACUAGCCCAGUGCAUCGACAAGUUCGGAGACACUCCGCUCACCCUCUGGGACACCCUGUACCAGAUGGACAUGAAAGGCGACGUCGACGGCGUCUACGAGUCCGGCCGCCAGAUCCACUCCCUUCACCACUGGGGCAGCUGGUACAAAAAGGAUGUCGUGAAAAUGUCCACCGUCGCCGCCGCCGCCGGCCGCCAGUCCAUCCUGCGCCGCUUCCGCUUCGACGAGUUCACCACCCUCGACAGCGCCACCGGUGCCUCCAUGCGCAGCUUCUGGGUCCUGACCAACGGCUACUCGCUGGUCCGCUACACCAUGGACGCCAGGCUGCCGUCGCACGCGGUGAACUUUAACCACACCGAAAAGACCUGGGAUGAGGACCAGCGUGGCUACGAGAAGCGCCUGGGUCCCUUGCGGCCCAAGGAUCAGCCGGGCAUUCGGAAGGAGAGGUGGAUGUUGACCGACUCCGUCGUCGUGGGCGAUAACGUGCACCAGACCUACGUCAAUAAUGCGGAUGGCGUGCAUAGCGUCGUCGAGCUUGUAUGGCUAGGGCCCGCCGGCGGCGGUGGUGCCUUUUGA